GAAGGCCACACGUCUAUAUAUACUCUAAACCCCACCACCUUACUUCACUUCACCCCAACCAUCGAACCCUAACUCCUGGUUUGGGAUUUUACUCUCUCACGCCUGACCUUCAAUUCACUCCACCAUCUUCUCAAGCCUCUCGCCCAGGGCCAGAGUGCAGAGAUUAGGGAUUGAAGAUGGUGUCCGACGCGAGCAAGAAGAAGGCUGCACAGAAGAAGGCGGCUGCAGCGGCCAAGAGAGGAGGCAAAGCGGCUGCGGCGGCUGCUUCGUCCAAAACGACGUCGUCGUCGGAGAAGGCAGCCGACAAGCUCGCCGACGGAAUUGGGGACAUUCAGAUUUCUGAUCGGACCUGCACUGGUGUCCUCUGCUCGCAUCCUCUUUCCAGGGAUAUUAGGAUAGAAUCUCUGUCAGUUACUUUCCAUGGACAUGAUCUAAUAGUUGAUACUGAAUUGGAGCUAAAUUAUGGAAGACGUUAUGGCUUGCUUGGAUUAAAUGGUUGUGGAAAAUCUACCCUGCUUACGGCAAUAGGUUGCCGAGAGUUACCUAUUCCAGACCACAUGGAUAUUUAUCACCUUACCAGAGAAAUUGAAGCCUCUGACAUGUCUGCACUGGAGGCUGUCAUAAGCUGUGAUGAGGAAAGGUUGAGAUUGGAGAAAGAAGCUGAAGCUUUGGCAGCUCAGGAUGAUGGGGGUGGUGAAACUCUUGAACGAAUUUAUGAACGAUUGGAAGCCAUGGAUGCAUCAACUGCAGAAAAGCGUGCUGCUGAAAUUUUAUUUGGUCUUGGUUUCAACAAGCAGAUGCAGGCAAAGAAGACACGUGAUUUUUCUGGUGGCUGGAGAAUGAGGAUUGCUUUAGCACGUGCUCUAUUUAUGAACCCAACCAUCCUUUUACUUGAUGAACCAACCAAUCACCUUGAUUUGGAAGCUUGUGUGUGGCUGGAAGAGAAUUUGAAGAAGUUUGACCGAAUUCUGGUUGUGAUUUCACACUCCCAGGAUUUCCUUAAUGGUGUCUGCACAAAUAUCAUGCACAUGCAAAACAAGAAGCUGAAGCUCUAUACUGGUAAUUAUGAUCAAUAUGUUCAGACACGUGCUGAACUAGAAGAGAACCAGAUGAAGCAGUACAAAUGGGAGCAGGAGCAAAUUUCCUCGAUGAAGGAAUACAUUGCCCGAUUUGGUCAUGGAUCUGCAAAACUAGCUCGCCAAGCCCAGAGUAAAGAGAAAACUCUUGCAAAAAUGGAACGUGGUGGACUCACAGAGAAGGUGGUAAGAGACAAAGUUUUGGUAUUCCGCUUCGUUGAUGUGGGAAAACUUCCCCCGCCUGUCCUCCAGUUUGUUGAGGUGACAUUUGGUUACACUCCUGAUAAUCUGAUCUACAAGAACCUUGACUUUGGGGUUGAUUUAGACUCUAGGAUCGCUCUGGUUGGACCCAAUGGAGCUGGGAAGAGUACAUUACUGAAGCUAAUGACUGGUGAUCUGGUUCCUAUAGAUGGCAUGGUUCGACGGCACAAUCAUCUUCGAAUUGCACAAUUUCACCAGCACUUGGCUGAAAAGCUAGACUUGGAAUUGUCUGCUCUUCAGUUUAUGAUAAAAGAAUACCCUGGAAAUGAGGAGGAAAGGAUGAGAGCAGCUAUUGGGAAAUUUGGACUGUCAGGUAAAGCGCAGGUGAUGCCAAUGAAGAAUUUAUCAGAUGGGCAGAGGAGCCGCGUGAUAUUUGCAUGGUUAGCUUAUAGACAGCCUCAUUUGCUGCUUCUGGACGAGCCAACUAAUCAUUUGGAUAUUGAAACAAUUGACUCGUUGGCUGAAGCAUUGAAUGAAUGGGAUGGUGGGAUGGUGCUUGUCAGUCAUGAUUUUAGGCUCAUUAAUCAGGUGGCCCAUGAGAUAUGGGUGUGCGCUGAUCAAGCUGUGACCAGAUGGGAAGGUGACAUUAUGGAUUUCAAGGAGCACCUAAGGUCAAAGGCGGGUUUAUCUGACUGAACCGAAGAAAAUAGUAUCACUAUUUGAAGAUUACACACUUGUAUUACAAUGCAGGUGGGGGUGUUGAUUUAAAUGGAUGGCAGAGGAUCGGUGUAGAAAUCAUGCUCUAUAUUUUUAAGCCGAGAUGCCCUUCUCCCCUGUUAGAUUGUGGUAAUCUUUCUUUUGUUUUUCUAUCAUUUAUUGUGCUUAUUAUCAAUAUGGUUGUUGACCAGCAUGUAGAUAACAGGGGAAGCUAGUAUCUCAAUCAAACUUUUACGCGGCUAAUAUUAUGAAAUAUGAAUGAUAUGUUGUACUGAGACUUAUAUUUAA